AUGGCACUGGUUCCUGUCAAGAAAGAGCCGGGGCUCUUGAAAGUGAAAUGUGAGCUUCGAGGUCACCCUGAUGCAGUGGUUUCUGUGGAUGUGGAAGCCGAAGCGGCCAAAACUCUGAAGAAACUCAAACAGAGGGAGUAUGAGAACAAUCGAAAGAACAAGCAUCGAUCCAGGAAAGCCCUCAUUGAUCGCUUGGGGGAAGAAGUGGAGAGGCUGUCCGCGGGUUCCAUUUCCACCCAGCAGGAAGUGGCCGGCCUGGAUCCAAUAGCGGCUGCCGGAGUGCAGGCGUUUGAUGCUGAUGAAUACCUUCGGUGGAUGAAGAAGAGAGCUGUUCGCACCCUUGCCGAAAACCGCUACCGCACCACGGAUGAGAACGGCAAACACCUGUGGUCGGCGGGUGGUGCUCUUGAAGUGAUCUCAGUGCGCGGCUCCAAGUCGCUGCCCGACCUCACCAAUUUGACGCCUCUCCACCGCGAUCCCGAUCGAACCGCUUUCAUUUUUGCUUGGUUUCACGCGAAAGAAGCUGUGAACAACGGACAGCAGGAUGCCGAGACCUUGAAAGGCUUCGUGCAUCAGGUCAAGUUCGUGGAUCUGGCCACAGAUGACGAGACUGAGCACAAGAAGUUCGAGCUUGCUCAAGAGAUCAAGGAUGAAGUGGAUGUUUUGGUGUUGCAGGGUUUUCGCCAGAUGAAGGCACUGGCGUACGUGAGGGACUUCUUGAAGCAGCAGGGCAAGGGAAGCAGUGAUCAGGAUAUGGAGAAGUGGCUCAUUGUCCAGGACAUGCUGAAUGAUCGCUGUGAUCCGAAGAUGAACAAGGAACAGGUGACCCAAGCGAUUGCAAGGGCUCUUCUCAAAAGGAGGAUUACCAACCUUUUGACUGCAAGGCUUCGGGGCAUUGACCUGCCGGACGAGACGUACAUGCCUGGCUACGCACCAUCACAGGUCUUCGGCACACUCUUUUCCAGCAUCGUAGCUUUCCGUGCCUCCCAGUUGCACGAGACAACCUACAUGGUGUUGCCGUGGGUGAGACAGCUUCCAUCCUGGCAGGUCGAUGCUGUGCAGUUCGCGGCCAAGCUCCUUCGAGGAAGCAAUGCAGUGGACAAGAAGCUGGACGCGGCUUUGGCCUUGGAUCCUCUCAUCCCGGCAGAGACGCUUUUCCAGAUGCAGGAAUGGCAAAAAUCACAGCUUUUCGAUUUCAAAGAGAUCUUGGACCAGCGCAAGGCUGCAAUGGAGCCGCCUUCGCCCAAGCUUGAAGUCCCCAAGCCGGAGCCUGAGCCGGCGAAGCCUGAUCCGGCUCCGCCAGUUCCUGAGGAAACCCCUGACGAACCGGAGACAAUGCCCCAUGUCAUGGCAGAGGUGCCUGAAGAGGAGGUCCCAUCGGGACCUGCGCCGAUGAACCGGCUCAAAUUCUUCAGUCUGUUGGACAUCCCCUCGGACAUUGCUUCGACCCUGCAGGGUGGGGAUGACUACUACUUCGAGCAGGUGCUGGAUUGGGCGAGGGUGAAGGUGAACACGUUCGUGGAGAUGGAGGUGAAAAGCCCCACGGCCGAAGGGAAGCGAAACCAAGUGGCAGCCUUGUACUCGCGGAACGGUGGGACCCCCUUGUUCAUCAUCUACGACGUCAAGUGCCGCCUCCACAUCAAAGACGACCUGUUGGUCAACCCAUGGCGGCGCCCGACACCGCUCAAUGCGACCGAAUUCAAGCAAUGGCUUGCAGCUUUCUGGUUGGACACGAAAGUGGCUGCAUCGGGCCCUCCUCUCUUCCGAUCGAAAGAUGUCUUCGUGGCCAUGGACGGCAGAUCCCCAACCAAUUCAGAUGCCAUGCAGAAGCAUUUGGUGUCUGUGCUGAAGAGUGUGGACAACAUGCCAAACCCUCUUGAGAAUGCAUUCAUCAUCGUGACGAAAGACUUCGUCCUGAAGCACAGGGACUCCUCCAUGCCAACGGUUGUCAGCGACAAUUACAGCCGUGGUUGGCAAGCCAUGGACAUGAAAUCCAGAAUUGAUCAUGACUUUGCGACGGUCGCCCCGGCUGUCUAUGAAUGUCUCAUGAAGAAGGCCAGUGUUACUGCUGACGACAGUGCUGAGACAACAAAUACGGAGGAAGGGAGGUCCUUGAUGGACUCGGAUGAGCCUCAGCCGCCGCCGGCAACAGCUGCCGGAGCAGCCGAGGACGAGGCGGCUGCGAAGUCCAAGCAGACUUUCCCCAUCGCACCGUGGGAAAACAGCGAGCAGCACAGCCAGCUGCUUGUUGAUCUUUACAAGUAUGAGCCGGCCAAUGCUUUGAUCAAGACACAGCCGCGUGUUGUCUCGAUUGAGCCCUCCAUAUCCCUCGCGACUGCAUGCUGCCGAAAGCACAUUUGCGUCACCAUGUUUGUGGAGUCGGAGCGUCACAAAGAGGCUGUAUUUCAGUCUCUCAUCAUGCGGAUCAGCUACGAGAUCAUGUCAGGCCGUGCGGAUGGGUUUGUGAUGAGGAAAAGGCUUCUGACACGUGAGAACUCCUUGUCUGGCUCUGAAUCCCAACGGCCGCCACUUCCUUCCCCAAGUGCGGUUUCAGUCGACCCGUCGCAAGAGGCUCAGGACUCCGUCGCCGAUGGCAGCGCAGAGGACGUCGAUGCUAUGCUUGAUUCCUUCAAGGAAGACGAAGAAGAGUUCUAG